AACUGUCAAUAUGAUCUCAAAGAACAUGAACUGAUAUCUACUAGUUUUAUUAGUCCAAAUUUUAAGUUUAUUAAUGUCCUCCAAUAAUAAAUUACAUUAAUGCAUUUUAAAGAUUUCACGGAAGAGUUUUAUCAGUACCCCCAUCAAAUUUCUUAUUCACAACUAUUAAGAAGCCAACAUGAAUCAUUUGAAUCGUUUAGCAAAAUUGUUGAAAGCGCCAAAAAUCUACACGCAGUUUCCAAAAACAGCAAGAAACAGCAUGGAAAAGUUUUAAAGAACGUUUUUACUCAACUUAAGAACAAAACCAGUACGGAGUUAGGGCAGUUUCUUGAUCUAAAUGCAAUGAACGGAGUUGCAGAACCAUCCAAUAUUUCGGCAUUCAAAAAACCAAUGGCACACAAACAAAAACUUCAAGUAUUUACGUCAAAUAUAGGGAAUGAUGAUAAAUUGGUAUCAAAGAAAGUUACACAUUCAAAAAGACAAAAAAGAUUCAAAAAAGGUAAUAUAAAAGAAGAAACGAAGGAUGUUCCGGAUGAUGUUUCAACUGUAUUACCAUUCUCUGGUGUUAUCGAUAAUUCUGCAAAGUUCGUGACUUGUCCCAAGGAUAAUUCAAGCAGCAAUUUAAACACGAAUUCAAAUUCGCAUUCAUCGACAUUAAUUAAAAAUGAAAGUAAAGAAGAAGGAAUACUAAUGGAUAUAUAUAAUAGUAUAACAAAAGUCCUCUCAUCUUUUAAAUGCAAAACCAAGGGCAGCAGCAAAAAUCCAGAGCCUCCCAGAACUACUAAUUAUAUUAUCCAAGCUAUUAAUACUACACAAACUAGUAGUAACAAAAAAACAAAUGUUUCAAGUAAUACUCAACGAGAUAAAUGUGAAAAAUGUGGAAGUUUCCUGCUACCAAAAUGGCAUGGGUGCAAUUGCUGGUCAACAGAAGAGGAAACGUUAUUCUGUUUGCUUAAAUUAGAGGCCAGGGAGAACUUUAAGCAGAUAAAACAAAUUGAACAUGACCUUAGAGUACACAAGAAAGCUCUACAACUAUUAAAUAGUAGGUGUUCAAGUUUGGAGAAAAUUGUUAAAAAGAAAACUGAAAAAAGUAAAGAGAUGUCCAAAUACUCUAAGAUUCCCGAAAACGGUUUUAGGAAUUCGUCUGAUGCAACAGAAAAUAAAAAGAAAAUGUCAGACACAUCUGAAACGCCACAUCCGAAAAAUACAAAUACUGAUGCUUCUACAACUACGUACACGAGUAAUGGGACUUCAAAUACCACCAUACGUGAGCAAUCUCAAUCGUCAACAACCAAAGAGUUCGAAGUGUCUCAAACUGCCAGCAAUGAAUCUUCCGCUUCAAAAUCAGGCACUUCGCAAAAUUGGGAAAAAGAUGAAAAUAAUCCACAUUCAAGGUUUGUUGCAGUUGCAAAAUGUAAUAAUUUUCUUAACUGUACGACCGAUGGAGAGGCUUCCAGAGAACUUUCAACUGUUAAUAAACUUGAAAUUAGCCAAAUCUCUACCACUGAGUCGAAUGAUUCCUCAAAAUCAAGAAAUAAUAACGUAAUAACUACAGGUGUCAAUAAAAACAAAGUCAACAUCGAAGAUUGUUUUACCAAAUCUGUACGAAGUUCUAAAGUAAAAAUUACAAUUUCCAGAUCUACUGUAUUGAUUAAAGCUUCAACAGACGAAGUUAAUAAUGACAGAACUUUAAGAGAAGGAACCAAACAAUUAGACAGAGCUGGGCAAACAUGUCCCAAGGACUUCGAAGGAAUACUUUGCGAUUGUGAAAAUGCUAAUAAAUGUUCUUGUACGCCUAAGAAAAGUAGUUUUGUUAUAAAGUUGUUUAGAAAAAGAAAGUGCGACGAACUAUGCAAAUGUCACACUAAAACUGUUUCCGAGAGAAAAAAAAUUAAGAAACAAAACUCCAGAUGAUGAAGUUUUCAAGUAAAUCUGUUUGUUUUUGUGAGUGUACCUACAGUUUGAGAAUUAUAAGAAUUAAAUAUA